AUGUCCUCACAGCGCGAUCAUCAUGUGUAUCUUGCUAAACUAGCCGAACAAGCUGAAAGAUAUGAUGAAAUGGUAUCCCACAUGAAGUCUGUUUCGGAGCUUGGAUUGGAGCUUACAAUUGAGGAGCGCAAUUUACUUUCAGUCGGAUAUAAGAAUGUGAUUGGCUCAAGAAGAGCCUCAUGGAGGAUAAUUUCUUCCAUCGAGCAAAAAGAGGAAAUCCGGGCAUCAUCUUCUGGUAAUAGCCCUGUUCUUGAAUCCCGUCUGAAAGAUAUACGAGAUUACCGAGCAAAGGUCGAAAAGGAGCUUAAUGAUAUCUGUCAGGAUAUUUUGUUGGUUCUUGAAAAGUAUCUUAUUCCAGCAGCUUCUACUGGCGAAUCAAAGGUGUUUUACUACAAAAUGAAGGGCGACUAUUACCGCUACUUGGCUGAGUUUCUGAUGGAGGAUGAAAAAAAAGAUGUCGCGGAAAAGUCCCACGACGCAUAUAAGAUGGCUACCGAUAUUUCAGAAAAAGACCUUGCUCCAACGCACCCCAUCCGUCUUGGGUUGGCCUUAAACUAUUCCAUAAAAAAUUCUCCUGACAGGGCCUGUCAACUUGCAAAACAGGCGUUUGAUGAUGCGAUUGCGGUGCUUGAUACUCUUGGAGAGGAGUCCUACAAAGACAGUACCCUAAUUAUGCAAUUGCUUCGCGACAAUUUGACUCUAUGGACCUCAGAUAUGCACGAGGGGGGAGACGCUGAAAAAUCUGAACUGCAGGCUUCAGAACCGGUGGCGGAACCCGGAGCAUCAUCGCAGGUUGCGAACUAA